GCAGCGGGCGGGCGGCGGCGCUGGCAGUGCAGCGACGGCGGCGGUGGAGUAGUGUGGUGCCGCGCGCAGGAUCUGCUUACCCGAACUUUCCGUGCUAUCUCGAUUCGCGCCACGUGAGCUGUAUGAGAUUUGUGCGUGAUUGUGACAAACUUUAAAAAUAGUCGUAAAUGCAAAGGACGACGCCGGGAUCCCCAGUUUCAGGUGAAUCCCUAGAGAAGAAGUGGGAAGUAAUUACUAUUCACUAUCUCGACCGGCAUAUUGAAGACAUUCGACUGGGUGGGUGUGGCACGCAAGAAUGCUUGGCGAACUGUACUGUGAUGUAAAGAUGGCGCGUGUGUGGUGAGGGCGUGCGGGGCGGGCGCGCGCGAUGCCGCUCGGCGCGCGUGGCCGAUAUGAACGGCACGGCUCUGGAGUGCGGGACGGAUGCAGGCGUGCCCGCCGCCGACAAGGUGUUCCGUUUCGUGGUGCAUGGCGUGUUGCUGAACGCGAUCGGCGCCGCUGGACUGCUGGGCAACGCCCUCGCCGUGCUCGUGCUGUCGCGCCCGCAGAUGCGCUCUUCGGUCAACUGCCUGCUGGUGGGGCUCGCCGCCUGCGAUACCGCGCUUAUCCUCACAUCGGUGCUGCUUUUCGGCGUCACGGCGAUCUAUCCGUACACGGGCGCCUUGCGAUACUACUACUACCAUGUGUGUCCACUGAUCACGCCCUACGUCUACCCGCUGGCCAACGUUGCGCAGACGAUGUCGGUGUACCUGACGCUAAUAGUGACCGUGGAGCGCUGGGUGGCUGUGUGCCACCCGUUCCGCGCGAAAGCGCUUUGCACGUCGUCGCGCGCCCGCUGGUACGUCUUCGGCACAGCGGCCUUCGCCUUCGUCUACAACACGCCCAAGUUCUUCGAAGCAGAAGUGAUAACCGUCGGCGACUCCGCGACUGGGGAGAUCAUCUACUGCGUACAGGCCGACCUCGACUUCCGAACCGAUAGAUACGUCAUAGUUUACAUACACUGGAUGUAUUUAGUCGUCAUGUACAUAGUCCCGUUCUCCGCGUUGGCGGCGCUCAACGCGUGCAUUGUGCGGCAGGUGCGGCGUGCGCAGGCAGAGCGCGCUCGGUUGUCGCGCGUCCAACGCCGCGAGCUUGGCCUCGCCACCAUGCUGCUGGUCGUUGUGCUCGUUUUCUUCCUCUGUAACAUACUUCCUCUGGUCACCAAUGCCUCCGAGGUGUUUCUUGGCGACGAGUUCGAUAAUCUCGAUCCUUUGGUGAAAACUAGCAAUCUUCUUGUAACAAUAAACAGUAGCGUAAAUUUCGUUAUAUACGUCAUUUUCGGGGAGAAGUUCAAACGCGUGUUCCUAAAGUUGUUUUGCGCCGGGCGCAUCCGCGCGCGUAGCGCACGCGACUCUCCGGAGAACACGCGCGACGACUCCAUAGCGUCGUGCGGCGAGCGUAUGUCUCUGCGCAUGUCAGCGCGCAACGGCACGCUGCGGCGCUCAGAGCGCGCGGGACGAUCGCGGCCGCGGCGGUCCUCGCCCGCUCCCGCCGUCUACUACCCCGCGCCGCUGCGCUCCGAGCUUCUCACCGAGCUGACGGACGCGCCUGCCUCGCCACCCUCGCCACCGUCGCCCGGGCCCUGGAACGGUCACACGCGCCCGCCCUGACGCCGGCGUAGUUAAGUGCGAUGCCCGAGUUAAAACGCACUGUUCGCUGCUGCGCCAACCCAGUGGCGAAAGGGCGCAAUGUAACACGCAGUGUAGUGGCCGAGUGUUUGGUGGACACAUCUAGUGUAUAAAACUUUUAGAAUAAAUUAUUGAAAUUAGUCAGUGAUCGAUUGCAAAUGUAGCAGAGGUUCAGUGUACGGACGUGUAAGAGACAUGAAUGCAAGCGACGCAACAUGCGUUGGAAUAAAUUAAUAUUAAUUAAAGUGUUUGUGUAAAUACUAGAAUAUUAAGUUAAACAUUUAUUGAAUUUUAUGAA